AUGCUUGUUUGUUUGUGUGUCUUGUUUAGUGUUGAUCAUGAUGAAGCUGGAGGGCACAGAUCAAGUGGACAAUGGCCAACAACAGAGGAGAUUCUUGGUUCACAUGAUGAGCAGCCAGCAACGACGUUCCUCCGAAAGUGGGAUAUAGUAUUUACGAUAUCAUGUGUAUUUGCUGUCUUCCUUGAUCCUGUAUUCCCUUACAUUCCUGUCGUAGAUGAGGACCAUACGUGCUACUAUUCGGACCUAUACUUGUUGUGGUCAUUUGUGGGCUUACGAUUCGCCCUAGAUCUCUUUUAUGCAAUGGGACAUUGCCAUAUUUUGUCGUCGGCGAAUUUGUAG